AGUUUGCAUGGAUUAAUUAAACAAGACACAUAUAAGUCUCCAAUUUUGGCUUAAUUCCACCACAAGAACCAUAAAGAGAUUUUCCACCAGUCAAAACAAGGAGCAACAGAAAAGUUUGAAGAUCAGAAACUCGCAGGGAAAAAGAAGGAGAAGGUUGAUUGAUUUUUGUUGAGGUUGAAUGGGUUGCUGCAACUCGAAGAAAGAGAGAGCCAAAGUUGGCCAAAAUGCCAAACCAGCAUCUGGGUUGGAGCAUCCUGCUCUUCUUGCUUCCAAAACCCCCUUUUCUGUGAGUGAGGUGGAGUCUUUGUAUGAGCUGUUUAAGAAACUCAGCAGUUCUGUAGUUAAAGAUGGGCUUAUACACAAGGAAGAGCUCCAGCUUGAACUUUUGCAAAAUAGCAGUAAAAACCUCUUCUUGGACAGGGUAUUUGAUCUUUUCGACGUCAAUAACAAUGGUCAUAUAGAGUUUGAAGAAUUUGUUCAAACAUUGAGUGUUUUCCACCCAAAAACUCCUGAUGCAGUCAAAAUUACAUAUGCUUUUAAGUUAUAUGAUUUGAAGCACACUGGUUACAUCGAGCGUGAGGAGUUGAAGGAGAUGGUGCUGGCUCUUUUGAACGAAUCUGAUUUGAUUCUUUCAGAUGAUAUUGUUGAAAUGAUUGUGGACAAGACAUUCAUGGAAGCAGAUAGAAAAGCAGAUGGCAGGAUUGACGAAGAAGAGUGGAAGGAAUACGUAGCAGAUAAUCCUUCUCUACUGAAAAACAUGACUCUUCCAUACUUGAUGGACAUAUCUCUAGCAUUUCCCAGCUUUGUGCUGAACUCUAAAGCAUAAAAAAUCCGAAUUAUAGACAUGAAGCCAGAAAUAUUGCCGCAUCGAAUAUAGAAUAUGGAGAAGCAUACACUAUCCUGUUUGGAAAAGUUUUGCUGACAAAAGAUGAAAGAGGAUGCUCAUCACAGUAAAACAGGCCAAAUAUACAGUGUAAAUAUAGCUUCACUGCUUGGGAGCUUCUAUACUGAUAGACCACCAUGGACACGGAGAUUCUAAUUCUAUAUAUAUAGUUGUUCAUAUUUGGGUUGAAUUUCACCGAUUUGUAAGGUCAAAACCAAAAUGUUCUCAAAUGUAUAGCAUCAUAAAUACUGCAAAUUCUAGAAAAGUAUCAUGCCCCUUUCUUU